AUGAAUGCAAAAGUCGAACAGGAUACACUCUCUUUAUCCGAGAAGAACGAAGACGACCUCACAACCAGUCUUCCUGACAUCAGCCAAGUUGAACCACGACAAGAAUGGAUCACUGGCUGGAGGUUGACAGCGGUCUUCAUGGGCAUCACGGUUGUGAGCUUCUUGAUGCUGCUGGACAUGUCUAUCAUCUCGACAGCUAUUCCUAGAAUAACCAGUGAGUUCCACUCCCUCGACGAUGUUGGUUGGUACGGUAGCUCGUACCAAUUGGCCAGUGCUGCUUUGCAACCUCUAGCCGGUAAGCUAUAUACCAAUUUUAAUGCAAAAUGGACCUUUUUUGCGUUCUUCGCCGUCUUCGAACUGGGAUCGCUUCUAUGUGGUCUCGCCAGCUCGUCCCUAAUGUUGAUUGUUGCGCGUGCUGUGGCCGGGAUGGGCGGUGCUGGUAUCCAGACCGGCGCUUUCACCAUCAUUGCCAGCUCGGUUCCCAUGAGCAAAAGACCAUCACUCAUCGGGUUGUCGAUGGGGAUUGCGCAAAUGGGAUUGGUCAUCGGCCCUCUGCUUGGGGGGGCCUUGACAGAAUAUUCAACCUGGCGCUGCCCUGCUAACUUGCCUCCCGGCUUCUAUCUAAAUCUGCCCAUUGGAGGCGUUGUCGCAGCCCUGAUCGCAUUCAUUCACAUCCCAGAACAGCUUCAAAAGCCUCCAGUGUGGACAGUCCUCCGCUCAAUCCACCGACAAUUAGACUUGGUUGGCUUCCUUUUGUUCGCUCCAGCUGCCAUCCAGCUGCUGCUAGCCUUGCAAUACGGGGGUAACGAGUUUCCCUGGGGCAGUGCUACCAUUAUUGGUUUGUUCUGUGGUGCAGGCUGCACGUUUGCCAUCUUUCUGAUUUGGGAGGCCUCCAAAGGCGCAGAAGCAAUGAUCCCUUUCAACAUCCUGUCGAAUCGAGUAGUAUAUUGCAGCUGUUUGAACUUCGGCUUCCUAAUGAGUUUGAUCAUCUGCAAAGACUACUACGUGCCGAUAUACUUCCAGGCCGUCAAGGGCGCCUCGCCUUUCUUCAGUGGAUUAUAUCGCCUACCCACGAUGGUACCUCAAUUGCUUGCGGCGCUUCUUGUGGGCAUGCUGGUUGAAUGGCAGGGCUACUACUUACCCUACGUCCUCAUCAGUUCGAUCUUCAAUGGUGUCUCGAGUGGCUUGAUGGCCACUUUCAGGCCGGAUUCAUCCCCUGGCAGGUGGGUUGGUUACCAGGUACUGGCAGGAGUCGGCGAAGGGAUGGGCAUCCAGCUGCCUGUGAUUGCCGUGCAAAGCACACUCCCACCCCCACAGGUGCCUGUCGCGAUGGGCUUGCUUACGUUCAGCUCAACGCUGGGGGCAUCCUUAUUCCUCAGCUUUUCCCAAACAUUUCAAACCACAGGGUUAAGGGAACUACUUCCGAAACAUGCGCCGAGUGUAAGUGCCAAAGAGGUGCUGACUGCAGGAGCAACGGGAUUGCGGAGCGUCGUGUCGGUCGCAGAUCUCCCUGGGGUCUUGCUGGCAUACUGCGAGACCAUCGACCGCGUGUUCUUCCUCUGUGUGGGUUGUUCAUGCGCUUGUUUUGUGGUUGCGUGGGGAAUGGGAUGGGGCAGUAUUCGGUCUGAGCAGAAGGAAGCGUCGAGAUCUUCGGUGGAGACUGUCUAG